AUGGAUAGGGACCUCCGCUGCCGGCACCCAGUCCACUGCCAAAUCUCCGAUCGGCGGACACCAGCUGGCGAGACGUCCCCGGCGACUAAAACUCCGAAGAGAUCUAACGCGUUGGCCUUGACUUUGGAUCAUCGAACAAUGGCUUCCGAUGCACAGAAAGUGGUAGUUCAUUUGAGAGCCACUGGUGACGCUCCAAUUCUGAAGCAAUCAAAAUUCAAGAUUGCCGGAACAGACAAGUUCGCAAAAGUAAUAGAUUUUCUUCGCCGUCAGCUUCACAGGGACACACUGUUUGUGUAUGUAAACAGUGCUUUCUCACCGAAUCCUGAUGAGCUGGUCCUCGACCUUUAUAAUAAUUUCGGCAUUGAUGGCAAAUUGGUGGUCAAUUAUGCAUGCUCCAUGGCGUGGGGUUAA